AUGGAUCAAUAUGUUUCCUUCUUGAUCCCUGUUUCGCCUUCUUACCAGAUGAAUGUUAUUGAUGUGUGUGCAAGUUUCGUUGUUGUUGUUUUUUUCUUUCUUGUCACCUCCUUAGCCGUUUGUGUUAUCGAUACCGUUUGCGUGUAUGUGUCUAUUUAUUGUCAGCCGCCUUCGGGUGCUGUGGAUAUCCGCCUCACGCAAUGCUCCUCGCACUCCCCCUCCUCUCGUGGUCCGAAGAAGUACUUCUCGCGUGGGUGGCAGCUGCGGGAGGGAUCGUGGCGGUAUGGCGCGGGACUGCAAGUGAUGUACGUGGAACUAUAG